AUGUCAGCUCGGCGCUAUCGAUCCACCAUCGCCUGUCACUCUUGUCGAUCGCGUAAGGUCCGGUGUAGCAUCAACGUUACCGGCGUGCCGUGCAUCCGCUGCGCCCAAGACCACGCCGAUUGUGUAGUGGACGACACAUCCUCAAUACCUCGAACAAGUCGCCACAAUGGCUUGAUGCGGCAGUCGCUGCGGGCUGUUACUAGCAGUCCACCUAGUCGCGCUGACGCGAACACUGGGGGAAUCGUUCCUCGCCCCGACGCCACAGCAAAUUCUACACCGACGUUCCAGAGACAUUCAGCAGGGCCAUCAGCCAUUGAUGGGUAUGCUGAGAGAUAUAAUAUCCAGGAUGAGGAGCGCAAUGGGCUCGAGAUCGCAGCGGCCGCCUUGGGGAACCCCGGACGAGUUGGACAAGUGCCCUUCUACACCGGUGACAAAACCGGGUUAACAUCUACGCUGUCGCUAUCUUCCGGAGAGUCUCUGGCACGUCAUUUGCUAAUUCCGACACGCGUCACCGAAUCGCUCUGCGAGGAGGACCGCAACUAUCUCAAGAGUAAAGGCGUCUUCAAUCUUCCUAGCAGUGAGGCUUGCGAAUGCCUCCUUCAAGCGUACUUCCGCCAUGUACACCCUAUUGUGCCAAUCAUUGAAGCGGAUCAGAUAUUGUACUUCUUCCACGCAGGCCGACUUCACGAGUAUAACCUACUUCUCGUGUGGAGUGUGUUCUUUGUCGCCGUAAACUUUGUCCCGUCUGGUAUCUGCGAGAGAGAAGGGUAUGGUUCGAGGAAGGCGAUGAAGGCGGCCAUGUACUCUCACGCAAAGGCAAGUUACUGCCUGUACAAUAAUAGCGGCGAGCGAGACAAGACAGUGCUUUUGCAGGCUUCCCUGAUGCUAGGCUUUUGGCACUCUGAGGUCGACGAGCAUGCGCAGCCUUGGUAUUGGACUGGGGUCUCUAUCAGCCUUUGCCAGAUUCUCGGCCUACAUCGCAAUCCUGACGCUGCCCGAUACAAUGCAGCCAUCACCGACAAACAGCGGUAUCUCUGGCGACGUCUCUGGUGGACGUGCUUUCUUCGCGACCGCUGGCUGAGUUUAACCCUCGGACGACCGCUACGCAUUGAUCUCGAUGAUUGCGACGUUGCUAUGCCCUCAGUGGUAGAUAUAUAUCACGAUUUCAAAGAUAUUCCGGAAUCCCUUUAUUCUGCCUUCAUCCCUGAUGACUUGCCUGUUCUGGCUGAAUACUGGAUCAUACAGUGCGACCAAAGCCCUCGCGUGAACAGAUCGAGGCCCUCGAGGCAGAGAUCUUGCGCAAUAAGCCUCCAGAAAAGUGCCCCAACUGGAAUGGCCCUACCCGGUUUUACCUGCACCACCUUCAACUACAUUAUGAGUAUGUCAACAAACUAUCUCACUGACCCUUACAGAGCAAUUCUUAUCGUUCUUUACCGACCAUGUUUAACUGAUCCACCCGAUGACAUAUCCCCUGGCCACCAGAUGCAAUGGCAAGAAACAAUACGUACCAAAGCAGAUGCUGCCGCGUCGCGCACAAACGAUGUCCUAGAGACCCUCGCUCAAGAAAGCCUCCUCGAAUAUGCCUUGCCUAUGACACCACCGCUCCUUAUCCCUGCAAUGCAAAUACACCUCCUCAACUGCCGCUCAGGCAACCCUCUAUCGCGACGCCUCCGCCUGAACAAGCUCAACGCAUGCAUGAUGGUCAUGGAGGAAUUCCAGAAGGUAUACACAGUUGCAUCAAUCUAUCGCGGGAUAUUUGCUAUGGCCAUCCAGCAAAUCUGCCCAGAAGCCGCUGGCGAGAUUACAGGAGCUGCUACUGCUCCAGUCUCUGCCUCCGCUCCAGGGGUAGCUGUUCCCCAGGAUCAGUCGACCGACAUCACUACUCAUCCCGUUCUUAAUAAUAUUGACCUCGACCCGAACGUGGAUAUGAAUAGCAUGGUUGAUGCACUUUUGGAUGAAUCGUCGACCUUGAACUUUUGGGAGACGUGGAAUCAGAUGUGGGUUGAGUAG